AUGGCGCCUCGAAAGCACGGUCAGUCCGCUUCAUGGGAAGUCGAUGCGGACAAGCCCAAGCCAGAAGGCGAGACGAGAAUCAGGAGAUCAUAUUGUGUCAAGGAUCUCACGACGCAGCCCGCACCUGGUGUCGACACGGUUCACGAUGUCCUCCUCUACGCUGCUCGCACCCACGGAUCCAAAAAGGGAUUCGCAAACCGAGAUAUUGACAGGAUCAUCACUGAAGACAAGGAAGUGGUCAAGAAAGUCGACGGCAAGGAAGAGAAGCAGACCAAGACAUGGAGCUAUUUCAAGCUCAAGUCGUUUGACUGGAUGACUUAUGAGGAGAUGCUCGUUGCCGCAAAGGAGCUCGGAUCGGGUCUCAGGGAGCUAGGAGUUGGCGAGGAGGGUACAGACUCGUUCUUCAAUAUUUACGGAUCUACUUCACGCAAUUGGAUGAUGACUGCCCAAGCGUGUGCCUUUAACGGUACUCCCAUUUCAACGGCAUACGACUCGCUCGGACCCGAUGGACUCGCUCAUUCUCUCAACGAAACCGAGGUCAAGGGCAUGUUCACACAUGCCGACCUGCUCGGGACCUUGGCCAAGAUUAUCUCCAAAUGCGAAACCGUCCGAUUAGUCAUGUACGAUGGCGAAGCGGACGAUAAGGCGCUGCAGACGAUCCGCGGAGUCCGUGAAGGUCUCAAAGUGAUCCACAUCGACGAGGUCAGAAAAAUUGGAAAGGAGAAACCCGUGGAGGCACGCAAGGUCAAGAGCGAAGAUAUUUACUGCUGCAUGUACACCAGUGGAUCAACCGGAACGCCAAAGGGAGUGCUUUUAAGCCACGGAAACGUCACGGCAGCAAUCGGAUCCGUCUGGACCCUGCUAUACGAGGUCCUCAAGCCUGGCGACUCUUACCUCGCCUUCUUGCCCCUCGCGCACAUCCUCGAGUUCGUCGUCGAAAUGUCUUGGAUCUUUGCGGGUAUCCAGAUCGGCUAUGGUCGUGUCAAGACCUUAACCGAUGCGAGCGUGCGAGAGUGCAAGGGUGAUAUCGCCGAGUUCAAGCCAUCCAUCAUGGUCGGCGUCCCCGCCGUGUGGGAACUCAUCCGCAAAGGUAUCCUCGGCAAGGUCGAAGGUGGAAGCGUGAUCACCAAGAGCAUAUUCAACUUUGCUCUCAGUGCCAAGCAGACUGCUCACAACUAUCAUCUUCCCCUCGUUGGAGGGUUGACCGAUACUGUCGUGUUCAACAAAGUCCGAGCACAGACUGGUGGCAGACUGCGAUUCUUGUUCAACGGUGGUGGAGCGGUGUCCAAAUCGACCGAAGAGUUCCUCAAUACGGCGUUGGUCAGGAUGAUCCAAGGUUACGGUCUGACAGAAUCCACGGCCAUGGCGUGCAUUCUCAACCCGGCCUGGCACAACCUUGGUUCGGCCGGUGGACCCGUGCCCGCUGCGGAGAUCAAGCUUGUGGAUGCGAAGGAGGCAGGCUACUUUUCGACCAACGAUCCACCCCAGGGUGAAGUCUGGGUCCGUGGACCUGCCAUUUUCAAGGGUUACUACAAGCGAAAAGAUCUGCAGGACGAGGCCUUUGCCCCAGGAGGGUGGUUCAAGACGGGCGACGUGGGCCAAUGGAACAAGGAUGGAACGUUGAGCAUCAUUGACCGACUCAAGAAUCUUAUCAAGCUGCAAGGUGGAGAGUACAUUGCCAUCGAACAUCUCGAAUCGAUCUACAAGUCUUGCCCGCUGGUUGCCAAUGGCGCGGUCGUGGCCAACUCGGAACACAGUCAACCCAUGAUGGUGGUCGUGGCGCAUCCUCAGAAUCUCCCGGCCUUUGCCAAGAAGAACGGUCUGGGUGAUGGCGAGGACUUGGCUCAGCUCUGCAGGGACACCAAAGUGGUCGACGCGGCCCUCAAAGAGCUGAACGGAAUCGGCCGAAAGCAGGGUCUCAAAGGGAUGGAAUUGCUCGAGGCGAUUGUGCUUACGGAAGAUGAAUGGACGCCUGAGAGUGGAUUCUUGACCGCGGCGCAGAGUAAGUUGUCGAUGCAUGUCCCGAGACAUUGUUGGCUGACGUUGGUGGCAGAACUUCAGAGAAAGACUAUUCAGCAGCAUUACAAGGGGAGGAUUGAAAAGGUUUACAAGUAG